AUGGAAGAAUGGCGUAUAGAAGAAGAGGUCAUUAUCGCUAUAAAUCAUUCUUGUGUAGAUGGGGAGGACCAAGUAUCUCUUCAACCCAGGGCUUUUUUGUUAUUGGGAGAUAGGGAGAAGGCGUUGUUGCAAAACCCCGUUCCAAUUGACUUCAAUGCACAAAGUCAUACUGGUAAGUUGGAUUGGGAUGUGGAUCUAGUGCGUGAACGCGUUAGACUUUUACAGGUUAUGCAUUCAUUGCAGCAGCCACUUGUAUUGUUGGUGGUUGACAAAGAGUUAUACGACUACACUGAUCUUGUGGAAGAAAUUUCUGUUCAUUGGCCCCCGGAAUGUGUUCUCAGUUACCAGCUUGAUAAGUGCGUUUUACAGUGUUGGGAUACCGCCUUAUACAGGGAAAUAGGUCAUGUUGUGGUUGAACAGAGUCUUAGCGGGUAUCUACCAAAUAAUGGCAUUAAAACAAAUGGAGUCGACGAGCCCUUACACUUUCAAGAGCAGAGUCAACUUGUGAAAAAGUUAAUCCAGAAGAUAGAUCACAUCAUUAAUCACCUCCAGAAUGCUACAUCGAGCGAGUUGCUUGAUGAGAUUCUACGACAAUGCUGGUUACUUGUGUGUAGGCUGCGAUUACCUCCGACAGAGGAUAUUGAACGUGACAUAUUGACAUUAGAUAUACAAUGGCAGCUAAUACAAACGCUAACUACCCAGGUUGAGACGGCUUUGAAUUUUGCGUGA